AUGGCUGCCCGGCCCUGCCCGGCCGGGGGCCGGAGGGGGCGGGGCCUGCGAGCGAGCGGGGCGGGGCCGCGAGAAAAUCCCGAAGCCGGGCCCGGCCCGCUCGGGAGCCCGCAGCGCUCGGGCUGUCAGGCGGCACGGCGGCCGCGCUCCGCGCGCUGCCCUUCUGGCACGUGCCGGGCCGGGCAUCGGGUGCCGCGCACGGCCGCGCUCUUCCCCGUGCGGCGGAACCAGAGGCGCCGCGCACGUUCCCGCCCGGACCGCCGAGGCGGAGCCCCGCCGGAGCGCCGCCCGGUGCGCAGGAAGCGCCGCGUCCCGCACUGCCGGCCUCAUCGCCUGCUCUGCGAUGUCGGUUCCCGGAACGGCCCGCAGCAGAACAUCCCGCGGUGGGUAAAUAAUUACGGAGUGCAUCGAGGCGUUACCUCUCAGUACAACGCGGUAAGAACCGCGCGUCUCAAUACCGAGCGCGGGCUGCGGCACGAGCUGAGCUGCUCGCGGUUCGGCCAUCCGCCCGCUCGGCUGCUGUCUCAGGACCCGGACAAAGCAAGCAUGUUUCAUCUCGUACAGCGGUGCUGCCCCCGCACACCUCUCCAACUACAGAAGCUAACUGUUCCCAGACUACUCCUGCAUGGAAAGAAUAAGACAAGAUGCUCCUCUCCCUGCCUCUCCCUGCAGAGAAACGUUUGUCUUCUCUCAAGACCUCUGAGCCUCAGCAGAGUAUCAGUGUGCGCAGUCAAACUCCAGGCUUUUCACACCUCUUUCCCACUCUUAAAGAAAAAGCCUCCCCAAGAACCUCCUCGAGAGCCAGGCCUGGUGCAACAGAGUAUGAAAUCACUCAAGGAUUCUCCGAAGCCAGCCCUUUACUUAAGCCUUGCAGGGCUAAUUCCACUUGUUUCCAUGCCACUAUUAAUGGUUCUCCAAAAGACCUACCACUCAGAGCUGGCAUUUGUUCAGGUUACGUAUGGUGCUGCCAUCGUCUCUUUCAUAGGGGGAAUGAGGUGGGGAUUUGCUGUCCCAGAAAACAGCCCAGCCAAGCCAGACUGGCUGAACCUGGCCAACAGUACCAUUCUUCCUCUGCUUGCCUGGCAAGCCUUGCUUUUUAAAGAUAUCACUAGCAGUGCAGUAAUGCUUGUACUGAGCUUAGGGAUAGCAUUACACUAUGACCUUUCCCUUCUUCCCACCUAUCCUCUUUGGUUUAAAGGACUGAGGAUAGUGGUAACAGCAGUGGCAGUGUCAUCACUGUUAGCUACUUUAGCCAUGAAGAUGGUUUCAGAGAAUGAGCCAAUUAACAGCAGACCUGAAAGGCAGAACACAGAACAAUAAAGCAAGGGAAAAAAGCUGUUUAUUUAUUAAUAAUGUAUUUAGGUCAUCUGGAAAUAAAGAUUUAUUUGUACUUAGAAGUCAUAAGAUGAUGUUGAUCAAGAUGCUUAUCUUUGAGCAAGUAAGUUCAUAGCAAAUUUAGAAGGGAAGGAAUAUAUACUGAUCACGUCCAAGGCCAGAAUCUGCCAUUACCUGUGGAAUAAAGCAUCAUUCUUGAGUGAGAUUAGAUGAAUUUAAAAUGGAGAUUCACAUGUUGUGGGUAUGAAUUGCUCUGUUCUGAAUUACUGAAGUAUCUGGUUUGACUAUAAUGUGAUAAAUUCUGUGGGAGGGAGAACAAUGAUGUAGUGGUGUGUGUUCUAAAUAAUGUCAAGGUGAAAGCAGUAAGUUUAUCACUGAAAGAAAUAGAGAAUUGUGCAGAAAUACAUACACCUUCAGUUCCUGUUUUGUGGAAGUGUGAAAAACACACCAAAAACUCUACCUUACUUCAAAUUGAGGAGAUGUCCAAAGCUUAAUCACAUGGAACUUAGAAUGGAAAGGACAGGCAAGGUUUGUUUGCAGUGGCAGGCCGAGGUCAAAGUUCACCUAAAGUAUAUCAGUAAGCUGCUUGGGAGGGUUGGAAGGGACAACUUUUUAUCUUCAAUGAAGUGCAACAAAAAAAAGAUUAGCUUACUAUUUAGACUUAAGAAGGAGAGCCAGCCCAUCUGCUCCUAGAUUUUGCUUGGUUUUAGGGUUAUGUAACCAGUGAAGCUGCUUGCAACACGAUCAUAAAGGACUGUUAUAUUCCUAAGUUAGAGCAUCAUCAAUUGCUGCUUGGUAGGACACAGAUCUACUCCUAACACACUAAAGGACCAGACAGUAGAACUGAAAGAAGUUUGUGUCUUCUCCCUCCUCAAGAGUAGUUUUAUUUGUGCACCCUGGGAAGGUACAAAUGCAGUUGUGGACUGCACACUGCCCCUGAGUAGCUGAUUAUUGACAGAACUUUGCACAUAAGUCUACUUCCUAACAUAAUCUCGAGGAAGAAACAGCCCAUCAUAUGGAUUUUCUUUUUUAUCCUCAGCUACCUCAGGAAGCUUAAUACAUUGCAUGUGAGCAUGUUUACUAUAGGCUUCUUAAGUACAGUGUAAGAUGCAAGAAGAAAGCCAAUAUUUGAUAUCCAUGUGCCCUCAGGACCAAUUUGUAUGAUCCUCAUAGUACACACAAAGCACUUGUCUUCACUGUUGAUUAGUAAAGAAUGAAGCACCUACCAUAACUUCAGUUUUAUCUGUUUGUUCUGCAAAGAACAGUUUAAGAAACCUGCCUAAAGAUGGUGCCAUCAUCUUAUAUGGUGUUGCUGAAACAGCAGCUAUGUCCAUGAAUCUCUCCUUUUCAUACCCCAUUACCUUUUAUGUAUUAACAGCACCAUAUCCCCAAAUCAGCAGUAUACAUUGAUGCUCUCUGAAUAUAAAAUAAAUAAAAACUCUUUAUUUGUAAACACAAUGUUAUUCUAUUUUUAAAUAAGACAAUUUUUUAAAGUGGAUCCAGACAAUAGGCUUGCUUUUGGUCUGAGUCAGGGAAAGAUUGCUGAGUAGCUGGGAGCAGUUGAUUAAGCCUCCAAGAUUCGCUCAAACAUCAAAAUCAAAGGAAACGGAGAAAAAGCUUCAGACCAACAGCAGACUCCCUCAAGAUAAUCUGAACCAGAAAGUUUAUGGGAAAGGGUGAGAAAUCAAUGUAUGUAGUUCCCAAAUGAGUAAAAUAUAGCGAAGGCAGUGUUUCUCAAGUGUCUCAAAAAGGUUCCUAAAACAUGAAUAACAAAACUUAAGAAAUAUUACCUGUAAUUUCAUUUCAGAGAGAGCUGUGUGGAGCUGACAAGGCAGCCAUGCUUGCAAGAAGCCUCUGACUUUAUACUGAAGAGAAAUUAAUGAGAAUUUUACUACAGAAGUAUGUUAUUUGCAGCUUGAAGCAGUCUAAAUGUAUAAUCACUCUCUCCUAGCAUCCUACCAAAAACAAGACUUCAAGUUAAAGAACAGGACAACUCACUAGGUGAAAACAGCAACGAUGCAACUCAUUCUGGUAGGAAAACACCCUGUUCAAGAGUAUUCCAUAUUCAGUUAUGAAAGUGUAUUUUAUUACAAAAACUGCUUAAAACAAGUUCAAACUUGAAGAAAGACAAAUAGACAUAAUUAAGGAGUAAUUUUUUGAAGUAAAACAUAUACAAUGACUGAGUGAUCAGAGAAAACAAAUGCUCCAUCAUCUAGCACAUUUUAACCUGGCAAUCUCUCAGUCCUGUGUUAGAAUGCAAAACCUGGAUUCUUAAUGUACCUGCAACACUGACUGAGGGCUUUUACUCAUACAUUAAUUUGUUAACCGUAUGAAAGAGAUGUUGACUUACUCUGAGUGCCCCCUUGUCUCCAUAAUGCAGGCUUCCUGUUCUCUGACAUUCCAGUUGUGAUUUCACAUUCUAGGGUAACACUGUCUCCCAAGUUCAAGCAUCUUUAUUUCAGACUCCAAUCUGAGUCAUCCGUAGCCGUGCAGACAAUGCAAUUGCAGUGUGCAAAAAGUAACUUCAAGUACAACGUUAAUUCCAUGAAGCUAGAAAUAACUCCAAACUCCUGCAAGUAUUCUAAAAGUGUAUCCAAGCUAAAUAUGAAAUUCCUUAAGGAAAGACACACUAGCAUCACUUUAAUGCUGAACACAGCUAUUUCCACUACAAAAGGCUCUGUUCACUCUAAUUUGGAAGAGUAUAAGAUGCAGCAAGGAUGAACAUGUGAACCUUGUAUAAGAGCAUGUAUUCAGAUGCCAAAUCACAGCAUGUGUCACACAGCGUAAAACACAGUUAAAGGAAAAAAGAAAAAAAAAUGGGCAAAAGGUUUUCCUUACGUUUUUAGUCUAAGAGCCAUCCUAACUGCAAAAAUAACUCAUUUAACAAAUGCCAUUUCCAUUUAAAAUAAUCAGUUAA